GUGUUUCUGGAGGUCCAUCUUGAUUUCAAAUAUUUGUUCUGUACAUCCCAACUCAGGGAACAUCACAAAAUACGCUUCAAGUGCCUCCGUCGUCUGCAAAGAUCCUACCUUCUUUGACUCAUUUUCGCUGUAGACAGGAAGCCAGCGUCACUAGAUUCUUGAGAAAAAGAAGAAUAAGAAAUAUAUGGUCAGUAUUUGCCAGUCAGGGGCUUGAGGAGAGAACUCAACAGACAAACCACGAAUACUAGCCUUUGCAGCAUUCACCACUGUGCGCUGAUUUAAGCAGCCAUGCGCUUGGAAAAGUGCUGGUUCUGCUCCAGCACUAUAUAUCCCGGACACGGGAUCACGUUUGUUCGCAAUGAUUGCACGGUCUUCAAUUUCUGUAGGUCCAAGUGCCACAAGAAUUUCAAGAUGAAGCGGAAUCCUCGCAAGGUGGCCUGGACCAAGGCCCACAGGCGUCUGGCAGGGAAGGAGCUGGCAGAGGACACAACCUUUGAGAUGGAGAAGCAGCGGAACAGGCCGGUGAAGUACGACCGGGAGCUGACUCAGAAGACCAUCAAGGCCAUGGAGAAGGUCACGGAGGUUCGCCAGAAGAGGCAGGAGCGGUUCUACGCGGCGCGCAUGCGCAAGGCCAAGAAGCAGCAGAUUGCGCAGGAGAAGGGCGAGCUUGAGAAGGACAUCAACCUUGUACGCGAGACACCAUACACAGAGGAGGAGCAGGAGCAGCCUGUCAAGGAGGUGCAGGCGCCAGUCAAGCAUGUGCAGAAGAAGAGGGAGAAGUUGAAGAUUCCAGUGGAGCAGGGGCGGCAACGCAUGCGCGAGUGAGCGCUGGCACAGCAAGGCGGCUGUCAGUGACAGAACGCUUCCGCGGCAGUACAAGAUAUGACUAAAGCGUCACAAGAAUACAAUAUCUGAUUAAAGAGCACAUCACUCCUGUGAGAUCCAACUACAUGCCAAGAAAUUUUGGGAGUUUCCUUAUUAUUUGAAUGCUUUAAAGUGCACCUCUCAGCUCAGUUCAAAUCAGCUCAACUUGCUGAUCACUUUGAAUUGUGAUUCAAAGUCUUCAACACAGAGCAGCAAGAUAAAGCCUCAACAUGUAAACUUAAAUCUCAG